AUGUGGAAAGGGCUGAACACCUGGAAGGUGAGUGACAAGAAAUCUGCUGUCAUCCAGACACUAAAGGGAGGCCUGACCGAGAGGCUGCAGGACGUGGCGGAGGGCAAAGGACUUCAGGAAAGACGCCCAAAGAGCACCUGUCUGCUGCUGCGCGGAGCUGCCCGACCGCCGGCCGUCGCCCCCCACCCCAGCACCGGGCUUCCCCCACGACUGCGGCGCCCAGACCCGCCCCGCGCGCAGAGGCGCCCGCGUGGUCAGCGCGUAAACUUCACACCGGCCGGGCACUUCUGCACCCGCGUUCUCCCGAGUCCCUGGGUCCGCGCCCCGUCUAUCCCAUCUCCGCGGCUGCGGCCGGGCCAGGUGUCCGCACCAACUUCCCACCACUUCAGGUGUUUCCUCCACCAAACCCUGCAGCCCGGAACACGCGCCCCGGGUGCGACCGUCCGCGGGCCCACCGCGCGCCAGCUGUCAGCCGGGCCGGGGGCCGGGGUCGCGGGCCCGGCGCUCGGGCACCGUGGUCGAGUCGAGCGGCCCGGGCGGGGUCCCGGCGACGGGAGGCCGCGCCCCCGCCCCCCAACCCCCGGCCCCGCGCAGGCGACAUCGCGGCGACCCCGGCCGCGGCCCCGGCCCGGCUCCCCGACCCCCGCGACCUUCGGCCCCCAGCCGGACUCUCGGCCCCGACCCCCGCGACCCCGGCACCGGCCCGACGGCGCGCCAGGACGGCCGGGCCCGGGUCGCGAGCUCGCGGCUGAGGCAGAGUCGGCGCCGGCCGCGCACUCACCACGGGCGCCGGGCGUGGGGCGGCUCCCGCCCGGCUGCGGACGACGGCCGCGCAGGCGGACUCACUCUCAUUCAUUAGCCGCGGCUUUGUCUGCCCCCGCGCCCCUCCCGCCGCCGCCGCCGCCGCCGCCACCGCCCGCCCGCCCGCGACGCCGCCGGACGCUGCACCCCUCCCAGGGCCCCGCGCGGCGCGGGGCGGGGAAGGGGGGGCGGGACCAGCGCGCGCAGGCGCAGUGCCCAUAUGCCCGUCCCUCCCUGGGGCCCGGCCGGUCCGGCCGCUCCAGGGGCCGAGGCGCUGCUGACGGGGCAGGCGCAGUCCCGACGUUCGAGGGGGCCGAGGCGCUGCUGACUGCGCAGGCGCAGUCCCGCCCCCUGGCCGGGGCGGGUCAACUACGCAGGCGCAAUCCCAUCCCUGGGCCCGUGCGGGCCGACCGCGCAGGCGCAGUUCCAGCGCGCGGGCCCCCGCCCCCGGGUCGGGCCGGUCGGGCCAGCCGGGCGGCUGCGGGGUCGGAGUCGUCGGCGGGGUGGGUUGCCGCGGUAUUGCUGGUGGCUCGGCCGUUGGCGGCGGACCGGACGCAUACGUGCCGGGGCGCCGAGGGCUGCGGCGUGACGGGCGCCCGGUUCUGCCUGCAGGUGCGCGCAGAAGGCAGUGUCACUGCUCACGUCAGGGAAGAGGACCCCGAGCUGGAGGAGGGUGAGAGCUUCCCCGAGGUCACAGAGCCGGCAGGGGCGGAGCUGGUUCACACGAGGUCUGGGCCGCCAUGCUGGGCCCCCAGGGGGAGGUUCCGAGGCGUCUCCCUGAAGUUGGUGUGGAAUCGGGGCAGCGGGAACAGAACAGCCCCAGCCACAGGCGAGCUUGCGAGUUUGUCCGCGGUCUCGGAGGAUGGGGAGAGCCCACCCAGGUUGGGGCCCAAGGGUGGAACCACCCAGCCGGCUGAGAAGGUGAGGACACGGGAGUGGCGGUGGGACAGAUCCCGGGAUGCCCAGCUGGAGUUUGGCCCCUUCCUGGGGUGCAGAGGAGGGGACUUGAAGGACUGGGGUGGCAGUGAGGUGCAGACCAUAGUCCCUGCAGGAGGCGCUCCAGAGGGCCUUGGAGAGAAAGUGGCAGGGUUCGGGGCCUCCCCUCAGGCCCCUCCCCCGCCCGGCACGCCCUCAGAUGCCUCCAGACCCGGUGUGCCGCACCCCUCCCUCAAAUCCCGCGCCCCCUCAGGCGCGCCCCAGCCCCUCUGCCCAGCGCCGGCUGCCCUGGCUGCCCUCUCCCUUGAACGCCGCGCGCCCUCAGGCCUCCAAGCCCCCAUGUCCGGUGCCCCCGUAGAUGACCCCCCAGCCCCGGUGCCGGCGAACCCAUCGCCCGCCCUCCCCCCUCCGCUCCCCUCCGCUCCCCUUCCCUCCCCUCCGCGUCGCUCCCCUCCGCUCCCGUCCCCUCCCCCCGGCCCCGGCGGCGGCCGCGCGUCAUGGCGGCGGCGGGCGGGGCGCGUUUCGCACGCAGCGCGCCGGGCGGAGCGCUCGCCGCAUUGUUUGCUUCGCUGGGGAGCAAGCGAGCCGGCCCGGGUGUCCGAGCAGACCCGCGCCAGCGCCCCGUCGCCGUCGCCGUCGCCGUCGCCGCCGCCGCCGCCGCCGCCGCCCGCCGGCCGGGCCCCCGCGCCGGGCCUCCGUCCGGCCCCACCGCCCGCGCGAGCCGCCGCCCGAGAGCCUGAGGCGGCCGAGCCGAGCCGGGCCGGGCCGCCGCCGCCAGGAGCCCGCGCCCAGAGCGGCGGCGGGCCGGGCCUGCGCGGCCGUUGGCGGAGGAGCCGCGGGCGCCAUUAG